UGAAAAUAGUUGUGACCAAUUCUAUUUAUUUUUGGGUCCAAUAGAACACAAAAAUUUAUAUAAAAAUAAUAAACAAUAGAAAAAUGCAUAUUUUAGGUAAUAUUUGUCCAAACAUCACCCAGGAGGACGGUCCCAUAGGUUAUUCUGAUUCUGAACGAAGAAAAAUCUUCGUUUUAGCUACCCAACACGCCCUAAUUUUCAACAACUCAUGAUGCUAAUUAAAGUAUUUCUAAAUUCAACAACUUGUAUAAAACAAAUCACUAUUUACAUAAUCCUCAUCAUCAUACAGCAUUAUUAUAAUUUAUACCAAUCAAAGCCCAAAUAAAAAGACAAAACAGCCUAUUUGAUUAAUCUCUUAAAAGAGAAAAAUAAUGAACACAAAGGGCCACCUUUUUGCAUGUUCUUACAUUCGUCCAUGUCCAAAAAAAUAAUAUAGCCUCCGCUUAAAAGAACCGUAAAACCAGAGUCCAAGUCAACCAAAGUUAGCCACCCAAACCAACCAUCCAUAACCAGUCUUAGUGUAUCAUCAUCAUGUUCAACUCUCUUCUUCUUCCAAGUUCUUUUCAUGCCCAACUCCCUCUCCUCCUCCUCCACCAUCACCAAUGCUUCCCUCCGCCGCCACCUUCAGAUUCUCUCCGACGAUCACCAUAAUCGUCUUUCGAUUCUUUGUCAACUUAAUGAGUACUUCUUUUGCUUCCAACCAUACUUCUUUACCCAACUGUAAUCAGACCUACUCUUGUGGACAUUUUACAAACGUCUACUACCCUUUCUCCGGCGGCUUACGACCGGCUUACUGCGGUCUGCCCGGAUUCCAGCUCACUUGUCUACAUAACGCCACCUCAGUUCUAACAAUCAACUCAUUGAACUACCAAGUUCUUGAACUCAACCAAAUUGUUCAAACCCUAAUUCUUACCAGGUUAGACUUGAACAACACUGCAUGCACCAACCAGCUCAUUAACACUACGUUUAGUAACACUCUUUACUCUUUUGAAUCCAUCCACAAUGAAAUCCUCUCUUUGUUUUAUGGCUGCGACGAUUCUGCCUUGCCCUCCAAGCCACCGAAUUUGUUCGCCUGUGAAAUUUAUGGAAAGAAAGACGCGUAUUACUGGUUUGGUCCGGUUCCUAAUGAUCCUAUAUUGAGCAGGUUUCAUUGCAAUAUUACUCUUACAGUGCCGGUUCUUAAGAGUUCAAUACCGAUUCUUGAGAAUAAUCCAUCUUUUCUUGGAGAUGUUUUGAGAGGAGGGUUUAAUGUGAGUUAUAAUAACCCUUUUGCUAAUGAUUGUGCUGACUGUUUUCGUUCGGGUGGUCAUUGCGGGUUUGAUUUAAGCUCUGGAAGACCACUCUGCAUUUGUAAAAAUGAUCAGCCUUGUCCAGGUGGAAACUCUAGUAAAGCUCCGAUUGCAAUAGGCCUCAGCGUAGCAGGUGUAGCAGUUGUAGUAGGUAUUGGUUUGGGUGUCUGGUUCUUGCUUUUUGUGCAACGAAGAAAACGAGCAUCUUCCCCAACAAGCAGUAAAGACCUGCUUACACCUCCUUCAAGUAAAAGCCAGUCUGCUCCUGUUACUAAUUUUUCUCAGACCAUCCCUUCUUAUCCCUCUUCCAAAUCUGAUCUCGAAAAGGGAAGCCUCUAUUUCGGAACUCAGGUUUUCAGUUAUGACGAACUUGUUGAAGCCACUGACAAUUUUGAUCCUUCCAGAGAACUUGGAGAUGGAGGCUUUGGCACUGUUUACUAUGGUGUGCUAAAUGAUGGGCGAAUAGUUGCAGUCAAACGCCUGUUUGAAAACAACAUCAAACGUGCGGAGCAGUUCAUGAAUGAAAUUGAGAUCCUAACUCGUUUGCGCCACAAGAACCUUGUAGCAUUAUACGGAUGCACCUCGAAACGAAGCAGAGAACUAGUACUUGUCUAUGAGUACAUCUCUAAUGGUACUGUCGCCGAUCAUCUUCACGGAAACAGAACAAAAUCUAGUUUGCUUCCAUGGAAAGUCCGGCUGAGCAUUGCGAUUGAGACAGCAGAUGCUCUAGCUUAUCUUCAUGCCUCAGAUGUUAUCCACCGCGAUGUCAAAACCAACAAUAUUCUACUAGACAGCAAUUUCAGUGUAAAAGUUGCUGAUUUCGGACUAUCCAGAUUGUUUCCAAAUGAUGUUAGUCAUGUUUCAACUGCUCCACAGGGUACUCCCGGUUAUGUAGAUCCUGAGUACUACCAAUGCUACCAACUUACCGACAAGAGCGACGUUUAUAGCUUCGGAGUAGUUCUCACCGAGCUCUUAUCAUCUUUACAAGCAGUAGACACGAGUAGGCAUCGACUUGAUAUAAAUUUAGCGAACAUGGCAGUAAGCAAAAUUCAAAAUCAUGCCAUAAACGAGUUAGUUGAUCCAAUGCUUGGAUUCGAAAAGGAUUACUUAGUGAGGAAAAUGACAACAUCAGUUGCGGAAUUAGCGUUCCGAUGCUUGCAACAAGAGAAGGAUAUGAGGCCUACUAUGGCAGAAGUUUUACAAGCUCUGAAGAAAAUUGAGAGUGAAGAUUUUGGAUCAGAAAAAGUUGAAGUAUUGGAUAUUAAGGAUGAUGAUGCUGUUCUAUUGAAUCAUGUUGCUCCAUUUUCGCCCGACGACGAAUCGAUUCCAACUGAUAAAUGGGUUAGCAGCUCUUCUAUUACUACUAAUACUACUAUUUCCUUCUAGCAGUUGAGACUGAAAUCUUUUUCAUAUUAAAGUAGAUGGUUGAAGUGUGUAUGUACACUCACUAUCAAAUGUCAUUUUAGUGAGUUUAAGUGUCACCAUCUUUUUAUUUUCUUGGUGUUAUUUUGUUACUAAACCUAUACAAGCUUAGUCAAUAUGUACAUUAUACUCCCCAUGAGAAAUUCUUAGAUAAACUUGUCUAUCA